AUGGACUCCUUCAAGGUGGUGCUGGAGGGACCAGCCCCUUGGGGCUUUCGGCUGCAAGGGGGCAAGGACUUCAAUGUGCCCCUCUCCAUCUCCCGGCUCACACCUGGAGGCAAAGCUGCACAGGCCGGGGUAGCUGUUGGCGACUGGGUGCUGAGUAUCGAUGGCGAGAACGCUGGAGGCCUUACGCACAUUGAAGCCCAAAACAAGAUCCGAGCCUGUGGGGAGCGCCUCAGCCUGGGUCUCAGCAGGGCCCAGCCGGCUCAGAGCAAACCCCGGAAGGCCCUGGCCCCUGCCUCGGACCCCCCGCGGUACACCUUUGCACCCAGCACUUCCCUCAACAAGACAGCGCGGCCCUUCGGGGCACCCCUGCUGGCUGACAGCACCCCACAGCAGAAUGGACAGCCGCUCCGACCGCUGGCCCCAGACCCCAGCAAGCAGCGGCUGAUGGAGGACACGGAAGACUGGCGGCCGCGGCCCGGCACGGGCCAGUCCCGCUCCUUCCGCAUCCUUGCCCACCUCACGGGCACCGAGUUCAUGCAAGACCCGGAUGAGGAGCACCUGAAGAAGUCCAGCCAGGUGCCCAGGACAGAAGCCCCAGUCCCAGCCUCAGCUACAUCCCAGGAACCUUGGCCUGGCCCUCCCACCCCCAGCCCUACCAGCCGCCCACCCUGGGCCGUGGACCCUGCCUUUGCCGAGCGCUACGCCCCGGACAAGACGAGCACGGUGCUGACCCGGCACAGCCAGCCCGCCACACCCACGCCUCUGCAGAACCGCACCUCCAUCGUGCAGGCGGCUGCUGGAGGGGGCACAGGAGGGGGCGGUGGCAGCAAUGGCAAGACUCCUGUGUGCCACCAGUGCCACAAGGUCAUCCGGGGCCGUUAUCUGGUGGCACUGGGUCAUGCGUACCACCCCGAGGAGUUUGUGUGCAGCCAGUGCGGGAUGGUCCUUGAAGAGGGCGGCUUCUUCGAGGAGAAGGGUGCCAUCUUCUGCCCACCCUGCUACGACAUGCGCUACGCACCCAGCUGUGCCAAGUGCAAGAAGAAGAUCACAGGCGAAAUCAUGCAUGCCCUGAAGAUGACUUGGCACGUGCACUGCUUCACCUGCGCAGCCUGCAAGACACCCAUUCGGAACAGGGCCUUCUACAUGGAAGAAGGGGUGCCCUACUGUGAGCGAGACUAUGAGAAGAUGUUUGGCACAAAAUGCCGAGGCUGUGACUUCAAGAUCGAUGCUGGGGACCGCUUCCUGGAGGCCCUGGGCUUCAGCUGGCAUGACACGUGCUUUGUGUGUGCGAUUUGUCAGAUCAACCUGGAAGGAAAGACUUUCUACUCCAAGAAGGACAAACCCCUUUGCAAGAGCCAUGCCUUCUCCCACGUGUGA